GUAUUUUUUAAAUUUAGGUAUUAAAAAAAGAUUGCUUUUUUGCAAACAGUACAUAAAAUAACAGAUAAUCAUCUUUUUUUUCUACCUAAGCUGAUAGCUUUGAGUGGCUAUGUUAGCGUAAUCGGGCGAGGCGAGCUCACGGGGCUCAAACCUGGCGAAGUUGCUCAUCGACAAAUCACACACUUACUGCGUAGACUGAUAUAAGUUUCAAUAUAAUCAAAUAUAGAUUAGAUUGCUAUAAUAAAUAAUAAUAAUAAAUAUUUACAAACAAUCACGCCACAUUAACACUGGUCCAGUGCUAAGCUCGUAAAGAACUUGUGUUACAGGUACCAGAUAACGGAAAUAAAUGUAAGAUUUUUAUUAUACACAUAAAUAUAUUUAAUAUACAUCCAUAACCCUGGAAAAGACAUUGUAUACAUAUUUAUCAUCGUAAAAAUAUCUUCCCAUGGCGGGAUUCGAACCCGCGACCCCCUUGUGAGUGAUUAUGUCACUUACCACUACACCAGAAGGCCGUUAUACUAUAGACAACAACCUGACAAAGCAAGACUGUUCGUCACACAAAUUCCUCUCAACGUGGUAAUCUGACCCACAACUCUCAGUCUAAGGCCCAUAAUAUCAAUCGUAGUUUAAACUAAAAUCGAAGGUUUAAACUGUCACUGAAGAUCAACUCGUAAUUUCAAUCAAAGUUAAACUGCCCUUCAGAGUUUAAACUAUCGCAAAGUUUAAACGACCAUGAGGGAGCGUUUAAACCAUGAGUUGGGUUUAAACUGCUCUUUUUAAAAUGGCUGCUCGAAAUUAACAGCUGUUGUUUCCUGUCAAAGUAAAUGUAAUAUAAAGUUAGUGUCAGUAAAUAGAGAUAAGUAUUAGGUAAAAUUAAGUAAAAAUUUGAUUGUUAACAAAAGUAGGCAUUUAUAGUGUUAUAAAAUGGCUGAGUGGAAUGAAGACACUGAUUCUGAUAUUGAAGAUUUAGAAAUUCUCAAUGACUUCAAUUCGUAUUUUAACAGACCUUAUCUAGUCAGACCAAGAGAAAACAAUUUCGUUAAGUGGGACGAUACGGAGUUUAUACGUCGUUUUCGUGUAUCUAAGAAUACAGCUUUUACGAUUUUAGAAGAAAUUGCUAAUGACAUAUCACACCCCACAAAUCGGAAUCAUGCAUUGUCAGCGUGUAACCAGUUAUUAUUAACCUUGCGUUAUUAUGCUACUGGAUGCAUGCAAAUUACUGUUGGCGAUUUCAGUGGUGUUCACCAAACGACAGCAGGAAAGGCUAUUAAAAAAGUUACCGAAGCGAUUGCAUCAAGACGAUGCCGAUAUAUAAUGCUGCAAGAUUCUGAAGAAGACAAAAGGAAACAUCAGAAUGGAUUCUACAAUAUGGCUAGGUUUCCUCUAGUGUAUGGAGCCCUUGAUUGUACUCAUAUACGGAUUCAAUCACCAGGUGGACAAAAUGCAGAGUAUUUUAGGAAUAGGAAAGGCUAUUUUUCCUUAAAUACUCAGGCAGUUUGCAAUUCAGACUUGAAAUUUUCGAAUAUUGUGGCUAGAUGGCCGGGGGCAAGCCAUGACAGUACCAUUUUUCAAAAUAGCAGACUCUGUGCUAUUUUUGAAUCAGGUCAGAUGGGCCAACUAGUUCUUCUCGGUGAUGCUGGAUAUCCGAACAAAAAAUAUCUAUUGACACCUCUACAAAAUCCUGUCACAGAAGCUGAGAAACUAUACAAUGAGUCUCAUAUACGAACUCGGAAUUGUAUAGAGAGGGCAUUUGGCAUAUGGAAGAGACGGUUUCCAGUGUUGUCAUUGGGAAUUAAGACCAAAGUUGAACUGGUACAAGAUAUCAUUGUUGCAACAGCCAUUUUACACAACUUGUGUAUCAAGCAUAGUGAUGUCAUGCCUAACUUAGAUGUUAACUUAGAAAAUAUCAUUGAUGUAACUGGCAGUGAUAACAACCAAGAUACCACCCUCAGCAGCAAUUACAGCAACAAUAGUUAUAGAAGGCAAAUGUUAAUUGACAAUUACUUUAGUAGUUUACAAUAGCUGAAUUCCUUUAAAAAAAAGGAAAAUCAAAAUAUAAA